AUGCGAGUCAUUCAAACUACCAAUCAUGAAGCAAAAACAUUCGCGAAAUAUCUACUCAGAAUAGGAAAUGGGGCUGAAACUAUAAUAGAAAAUGAUUUGAUCCGACUUCCUAAUAAAAUAAUUAUUCAUCUACAAAAUGAUCAAGAUUCAUUAAUAGAUGCCGUUUAUCCUAAUCUUACCGAAAAUGCGUUAAACACCACCUUUAUAACAGAAAGAACAAUACUGAUUCCAUUAAACAAUUGUGUUGAUGAGAUUAAUAAGUUGAUCAUGACGAGAUAUCCCGGCGAACAGCAUAUGUACCAUAGCUUUGACUCUGUACCGGACGAUUAUUUGAACCUAUAUCCAAUCGAAUACCUUAACUCACUGACACCUCAAGAUCUUCCUCCACACGAACUCACACUGAAAGUUGGUGCUUCCAUUAUGUUGCUUAGAAAUCUAGAUCCGACUAAUGGAUUUUGUAAUGGAAAAGACUUAUCUGUCGACAAUUUCAAACACGAACAAUUGAUGCUGAAAUGCAACGGGAGAUUAUCGAGGCAAACGUGUAUUCAUACCCAGAAUUCUCCUACUGCUAUCUGA